UUUUCAUUUGGCAACACUGACCACAUCGAUAAGAGUGCGAAGUGCAAUAAUGCCUACUGCGAGUGUGCGAGUUCUUGCUGUGGAUUCUAGAUGAGUGGUAUUGUGAUUUAUACGAAUCAGAAAUCCGAAUUCUUGAUAUGGGUGUUUCGUUGUUGCAUAAAGAAUAUGAGAAUGGUUUAAGAUCUAGCAAUAACUUGAAUGUGAGUGUGUGUCAUUUAUUAUCGUAAUUCGUUUAGCUCGAUUAUCUACAGGCAAUAGAUCCAAGUAAGAAUAAGAACAACAAGAAAUCUUAGGAUAAGUGGCACGAAACAACAAUUAUCUUCUGUGAAACCAACAUAUAGAAUGCGAAUGUUUGUCUGGCUAGUCAUUUAAAUAUUGAGUUUCCAUAAGUGGAAGAGUACUUGCACGAUGUCAAAUUCCAAGAAAAGUCCAGAUAAUCAGAAAGAGGUUACAGUUCUCAAAGACCUGCAAGCGGCGGUAAACAAGAAGAAAAAUACAUUGGCGCGGCCCAAGUGUAAGCUGGACUUGCACGGCUGUUUAAAUCUCCAGGAUAUUUUACUGAUGUUCGAUAGUCCUGUAAACCAGGAACGAGCCUGGGCAUUAUGCUACCAUAUAGCUAAUAAUUUAUCACGCCUAACUGAUAAUAAGUUUUAUGAAAUAUCCGAAUUCUCGCAAAUUAUACUUCACAAAGACGGAGAUAUUUUGCUUGAAAACUUAACAGGUUCUAAGCACUCUCUUGUUUCGGAAGAGAAGGCGAUAUUCUCAUUGGGCAUGAUCAUUUUUAAAGCCUUGGACUUUGGUUCUAAUGCUGGAGAGGAAAUAGCUUUGUCACCAGACUUAGAAGCUCUCAUUACAUUGAUGACAAACUGUAAUCGAGCUUGCGUAGGUGACGUAGAAGACCGUCUACAAGAAACUGACGAUGAAGGUAUCGAGAGGGACUCUGGUGAUACCGAUGCGGAGGAUUAUAUGAUGCCGAAAACUAGCAAAUCCUACACGGAUAGACCGUCAUGUACUUUGAAGACUGUUCUCCAAAUAUGUGAAAGGCACGUGCAAAGUUUGCAUGAAGAAGAUGCCGACUGUUAUUAUCGAAGUAUGAUACAAGCAUUUGUAGAAGAAGCUCUUGAUCUCUCUCAAUUUUUAGAGAAAGUCGUUGACGACAAACAAUCACAAGAUUUUUUUAGUCCAAAUAAUGCCGAUCGUACCUCGACUUCACUGCAGACCAUUAAUGCGUUGGAUUUCAAUGAUUGGACGGACGUUAGAAUUUGGAGAGCUAUACAAGCUAGGUUUUGGGUUCAAGUUAUUAACGAGUUGAGGCGAGGAGUGAAAUUGAAGAAAGUAGAAGCUAAUUUGGGCUCUCGCGUGUCCUCGCGCAGAGAAGGAAAUCUUUCCGACUACAAGAUGACACCAUAUGAAAGUUUGAUGGAUGAUAUCAGGGAAAGACGGUACCACCUGAGGAAAACACCACCUACGCCAUUGAGGAAGGAUGCACAUGCUAUUAUUCUUGAAUUUAUUCGAAGUCGACCACCUCUAAAAAAGGCUUCAGAAAGACGAUUACGACCUUUACAAAAGGAAAGUACCUUGAGAGAAUUACUUAUGGAAAGUAUAAAAAAGCCUCCAAAGCCUUUAAGAUCUUCCAGUUCAAGACAAAAUGCUUCCGAAAUUGAGAAAACAUCAAUUUGCAACGUAAACAGAGAGUCUCGCAUGAUAGUUCUCGGGGAAGUACCACCUUCGCAACCAGAACAAGAGCAGGAGUCUGCACAGGAUGUUGCGGCUCAAUGGUUACAAUCGGAGGAUCAGAGGGCUUUGGCAACUAGCGACGACAUCCUGGCAGCAGCAAACCGUAGAAGACAAAAUGUACCGCCGGUACCGCAACCACGGCAAAGGAUUGCCAAGGAGAGACCCAACAUCAGGGUCUUACCUCCUAAUAGGAAUCGUAAGUCGCGUAGAAGGCGUAUUACGGUCACAGAUAUGACACAGAAGGGAGAGGAUACCAAUGAAUACGAAUCAUUGCCAAAACCAUCUGGGAGAAAUUUGGAUGUUAGUAGGCGGACCAAAAAAGUGAUACCUGUCGACAUUGAUUUGAAGUUGGAUGCAGAAGAUGAUGAUGAUGACGAUGAUGUUGAUGUUGAUGAUGAUUACAACGAGGAAAAUUUUGCGGAGACAAGAUUUGAGGAAGAAGAUGAGGCCUGUAAUUAUUGGCAACUUAAAGAUUACAAUUUUGGUACUUGGAAAGGUGUACGAAACGGGCAUAAAGCUCAAGAAUACAGGGAUGAUGACGAGAGAUCUGCAAAUCCUUGGCGAAAAACUGGCGGACUUCGUCUAACUAGGAACGAAUAUCAUCGAUUCUGUGAUGCUCAAUUAGAAUCUUAUGAUCUGGCGACGCAAUGUCUUUCCCGAAGGGCGUCCGCGAGGAGACACGCCGCAAAAUGCUCUAUACCGUUAAUGUCGCUCAUGGGAACGACGUCUCUGCCACAUUCAAGGCCGCAGAGUCGGCAGCAUGUUGGCCUUGCGGACUCAACGUUGAAUCAAGAUCCAAGUCCUAACAUUAGCUUGAAUCCCAGCCCGAAUUAUAGUCCGCAACCACGUACGCCGAGACAACCGCGACGAGCAAAUACAAUUUCACAUGAGAGUAAGAACGACAAAGCCCAGGGCGAUGAAUGGGAGAACGAUAUUGACAAGAAGGCGACGUUUGGAGACAUGCUGUUGGACGAGAGGCUAUCGUUAACAUUAGACGAGAUUGUGCACAUUCGUAGCGUGCUUACAAAAGCCGAAUUAGAGUCUCUUCCCGUUGAAGGGCGCGUAAAAGAGGACGUGGAGAAAAGACGCGUUUGUUUUCUUUGCCUGAAAACGCGCUUUGGUCUACUGGGUCCUUGGGGACAACGUUGUCGCCUAUGCAAGAGAACCGUCUGCGUGAAAUGUUACUCGAAAAUGCGAAUACCAACGGAGCAAUUUGCACGAGUGCCAGUCGUUCUACUUUCCCCCGGAUUGUUACUUUCACCCACAGAAACGGAAAACGAUGGCAAGAAUUCUUGGCUAAAAAAUACAAGUUCAGUCGGCUCGGCACCAGCUUCCCCCGCGUCUAGACGAAAAGAUUCUGCGUUGCGCAGCGGCACGCCUGCCUCGACGCCGACGAUGACACCUGUUUCUGCGCUGACACCUUCGUCGACGCCUUCUCACGCACGUCGAGAGAUGGAAGUUCAAGGAUUAGAAAAACGAUGUUACAAAGGCAGCGGUAGUCCUGCCGCUCUCUCAACCACGAAAACGUUCUCCUCUUCAAGUGGAUCGAGUGCGGAGCAGCGUAUGGCAGCGGAACGAUUACGUAGUGUUGCCGUUGUCGUUUGCCACGACUGUCGCAUCAUGGUCAUCCAGAUAAUCAAGAGCUCAAGAACAACGCGUGCAACAAUACGCAACAAUGUUAUUUCCCGCCUCACUCUGAACCUUUCUCCUGCCUAUAUUUAAUUCCCUUUUCUUAAACGUUCAUCAUCACCAAUGCUGCUGCAUCAUUUUUCGUCAUUGUUUCUCCAGUUUCAUCGGAAUUUUGAGUUUUAUUGUACGCAUAUUAUAUAAUGGGAACAAUAGGUACAAAUAUUCGACACAAUUCGAAAACGAAUAAUGAAAAAGAAUUCACGCAAAAAGCACAUUUGUUUUUUCAUAAUACGAGUUGCUGCAUUAGUUUUUGUUUUGAGAUAGUGAUAGAAUAAGAAUUGUCUAAUUAUAAAGACGUGUCUAUUAGCGAAUUUGACUAAUACAGUUCAAUUCGCUAUACAAUAUGAAUUCUUUAAGAAAACUGAGAGGAUAAAAUUGCUCGAAGAUCUUUGACAAUUUUGUAACAAAUUGAAUAAUUUAACGAAAGUAACAUUUUGAGGGAUAUAUAUAAAUAUAAAUAUAUAUAUAUAUAUAUAUAUAUAUAUAUAUAUAGUAUGUAUAUAAAUAUAUAUAUAUAUAUAUAUAAAUAUAUAUAUAUA